GGUAACGGGGGUAUUUAAAUUUAAGUUCCUACAGGAAGUGUACAAUCCUAUCGUCUGAUUAAAUAACAAUUUAUUUAGCUCCGAAAGUUGUAUACGUGCCCGGACUUAAUUUUAAUCUCGCUCUUUGAAUAACUUUUAAAGAAAUUCAUUUUGUUUCGUUGCUUUUGUGCCACUUUGGAUCGCGAAAAACAGGUUUUAUUUAUUUUAAGGGGUUAUUUUGAUAACUGUGUGCAUCUCUUUAUCUAAUUUUCACAAGUUAUAACAAAUGUAGAAAUAUUAGCAAUGACUACACACUAACCUUUCCUAAUCGGAGUAAGAAUCACCCUCAUCAAUUGGCACAAGGAUAUGUUGCACUGCUUUUGUUGGUCCAGCCAUUAACAACAAAGUUGAUAUGAGUCAAGGUUUUCUCCCAGGGAUGGAGAGCUCGGCUAUUUCCGUCCUGAAAAGGGCUGUGGAGCUCGAUCACAACUCCCGCUUUCAAGAAUCACUGGUGUGCUACCAGGAGGGGAUCCAGCUACUGAUUGAUGUACUGAAAGCUGUUAAAGAUGACUCAAAGAAGGUUCACUACAGAGAGAAGAUCAAGGGAUACAUGGACCGAGCAGAACAGAUUAAAAAUCACGUGAACAAGUUGAAAGAAGAGGGCAAAUAUCACGAGCAGGUUAAGAUACCUGACAAUUCCACUGGUUUUAGUUAUGAAUCCCUCUUCAAACCAUACAUCAGAGAUGGGCUGACAGAAGUCUGGGUGGAAGACCCUUAUGUACGGCAUAUCCAUCAGUUGUAUAAUUUUCUUCGCUUCUGUGAAAUGCUGCUGAAAGGCCCUUGUCAAGUAAAGAUUAUUCACCUCCUUACCUCACAGGAUGAUGACAGCUCCUUUCAGCAAGUCAGUGCCCUGGAAGAGAUAAAGCAGUCACUACAGAGUCAAAAUAUUUGUUUGGACAUUCAGUACUCCUCUACUAUUCAUGACAGAGAGAUCAGGUUUAAUAAUGGUUGGAUUAUUAAGAUCGGCAGAGGCCUUGAUUAUUUUAAGAAACCAAAGGGUCGCUUCUCCAUAGGAUACUGUGAUUAUGAUUUAAGAGAGUGUCAUGAGACUACCGUGGACAUUUUUCAUACAAAACACACUAAGACGACAUAGAGCUCACUUUAAAACCUUCACAUGCAGUCUUCGGAUACCUACAUGGACAACUGGAAAUGUGCCUUUCAUCUUAAUGCUAUUAACAAAUCUGUUCAUCAACCCUUUACAACUGAUUUUAUGGGGGGGGGGGGGGGGGGGUGUAUUCCGGGACAGUCUGUCAUACAUGUGGCUUACUAUACGGAAUCUGCAAAAUGAUUAUUGUUAUUUUAAUUGUUAAGAUGCAUGCAACUAGGAUGUUUCAUUUUGUUUAUUUGGUAAUGCAUGAGGAGGAUAUUUGAUGACGCAUAUUCAAGUAUUUACAUGUAUUACAAAAAACAGCUAAAUUUAUUUUUAAAGCGUUGCAUGCAUCUGAGUCCUAAAAUGUUUAUACUUCCAUAUACAGUGCCAUUGCUGCUGGCUAUUUAAUAUAUUUUAAAAGUGAUUUUUUAUUUAUUGUACUCUGUAAUUGUAGUUAAAACCAAAGAAACUGCAAUUUCAAAAUGUAAAUAAGCAGUAUUUACAGUGUCAGGGAGAUUUUACUUUUAUUAUGUGCUUAAUAAAAUAUUUAGUAAAAUAUCUCUUAUAUAUA